UUAUAUGCUGUAAAACUUAACCUCGAUGGUGUAAUUUUCAAUUUAAAUACUCUUUAGAUCAUGAAGUACACAUAAAAUAAAUAAAAUAAUAACAUUCAUUAUUUGAUUAGUUAAUGUUAAAAUAAAUAAUUAUAAAAAUGACUAGUCUAAUUUACCGUCAACUUUCUGUGUAUAGAAAUAAAUUAUCAGAGCAAUGUAAAUUUGUAGUAUUAAACAGACUUAUGUCGAUGCACAAAGGUGCAUAUGAAGGAGAAGGCAAAACAACAGUUACAAUUUUGAAUAAAGACCCUGAGUAUGGUUUAAUGAUUGAUGGUGUUAGUUGUGUCGGAUUCAAAUUAAAUAUUGGUAUUACUGUGUUAGGAGCGAUGAUACUAUUUCCAAGAACCGCGAUUGGAUGGGGUAUUGGAUCCGCAAGCGAUAUUCAUAAAGAUUCAUUAACACUAUUUAAAACAAUAAUACCAAGACCAGAUAUCAUAAUACUUGGUUUAGAUGAUAACUACCCCCGUGAUGCUCCAUUCAUUAAGGAUUUUUGUAAAAUUAUCAAAGAGUUAAAUAUCAACAUGGAAGUUUUACCAAUUAUAAAAGCUUGUACGACAUUUAAUUUCCUAAACGCUGAAAAAAGGUAUGUUGUGGGUGCAUUCUUGCCACCAAGAGUUCUUGAGAGGCACGAUACUCAGUUAAUUGACGACGUUGCUAUCCGACGGGCAUUCAGAAUACCUGAAAAAGGAGUUGAUUAAAAAAGUAUUUCUUUCUUUUUUUAUUUUUUUUUUUUUUAAUAACUAAUGUAAACUCUAGCUUAAUUAAAGGAAAAUGUAAAUAACUUA